UUUAUCCUCUCCUCAUGUCCUCGUGUCCUGCAGCCUUGUCUCAUAAAGACAGAGGACUUCUAUCAGACGGAGGACAGUUAUUACAUCGUGUUGGAGCUGAUGGAGGGGGGCGAGUUGUUCCACAGAGUGAAGUCUCAGCAGCAGCUCAAAGAAUCCGUCGCCAAACUUUACUUCUAUCAGAUGCUGCGAGCCGUCCAGUACCUCCACAGUAACGGGAUCAUCCACAGAGACCUGAAACCAGAGAACAUCCUGCUGUCCUCGCAGGACGACGUCUGUCUCAUCAAGGUGACAGAUUUUAACCAGUCCCGGAUCCUGGACUCUACCCUGCUGAUGAGGACUCUGUGUGGGACGCCGUCUUACUUGGCCCCAGAGGUCUUCACGCAGGCGUCCACCACCGGGUACGGACUGGCUGUGGAUGCCUGGAGCCUCGGAGUCCUGCUCUUCGUCUGUCUAGGAGGGUAUCCUCCGUUCCACGAGAGUUUCGGUCAUCAGUCGGUGACGGAGCAGAUCAUCAGAGGAGAGUUCAUCAUGGUUCAGUCCAAGUGGAGACACGUCUCUGACCAAGCGAAGGACGUGGUGAGGAAGCUGCUGGUCGUUGAUCCCAGUAAGAGGAUGACCAUCGAGGAGGCUCUGCAGCACCGCUGGUUACAGGAUCCAGAGAUGCUGCAGACGGCUCACAGGCUCAUGUACCCCGACGAUGCUGCUGCUAUGGCCCCGCCCCCUGAGCCCGCCCCCCAGCAUGUGGCGGAAUCCGUCUCUGGCAGCGCCGGAAGGAAACGAGGACGGGAUGAAGGACACGAGGAGGAGGAGCAUCCGGCCAAACGGAGCCAGGCCCCUCCCCCUCUAUAGAGGACCAAUCAGAUUCCACCAUUCCUCAGGUCAUGUGACUGGGCCACAUGUUUUUCACGCCAUCUGAUUUGGUUUUCUGUGAGUCCACAAUCAUCAGAAAAUGUCUGGGGGCCACCAGGGGCCAGAUUAGAAUCACAUUAUUCAGUUAUUAUUGAUUAUUGAUGAAACCUCACUGAUGGUUUCCCGGGGCGACGACUCAACCGUCAGAUGAGUCCUGCAGGGGGCGGGGCUUUACACUGUCACUGCUGUCACGGCGACAGAUGGACGAGUAAAUAAACGAACUGAACGACUUAAUGUGAAAAUAAAAUCUUGUUUUUAUUUUUCUU